GAAGCGACAACAUCCAAGCGCGCCGUGCAGAUCGCGCUGCCUCCAAACCCUGCUAGCCCUGACAGGUUUAAUCCAUCUUUGAAGGAUAUGAGCGACGUAAACAGAGGAUUUCUGCAGUUAUGAACGUGUGAAGGAAUUCCUGGACACUGAACAAAACUUUUUUUUGUUUUCGAUCGCAGCGUAUUGCUGGACAAGCGAAAUGGAGUGUGAUUUUUCAAGAUCUGAGGACAUAAGUAUGGAUAACUGCCUGAGGCGCCUGAAACAGGAACUGCUGUCCAUGAAGGAGGCGGGCGACGGACUCUACGCGCAGAUGAACUGCAUGAUGGGAGCGCUCCAGGAGCUGAAGCUGCUCCAGGUGCAGACUGCGCUGGAACAGCUGGAGAUAUCCCAGAAGCCCCGGCCGCCAGCGGAGACUCGCGCCCCCAGCCCCGCCCCAGAGACGGAGAGGACGCCCCCCAGCUGGGGGGGGCAGAGGCGGGGGCUGCACCGAAACAGCCUGGACACGUCCCCCUCCACGUCGAGCCUGGAGAGCGACACCGCCCGCUCCUCUUCCUCGUCGUCCACAUCCUCCUCCUCCUCCUCCUCCUCCUCCUCUUCCUCGGCGUCGGCGUCGUCGUCCGGGAGCUCCUCGGGAAGCGGCGGGUCCCGCGAGGACAGCGGCGCCCCGUGUUUUCGGAACCCCACGUUUCGGGUGGAGCAGAAGCACCCGCCCCCGGCGCGCGCCGCCAUCGACCUGCCGGGGAUCCUCUACAGCCUGUCCCGCGAAGGCCCGUCCCUGGACGGCGAGGACUGCGGGGACGACUCCAGCGACUGGACGUCCUCGCUCAUGAGCGGCGGCCGAAACCGGCAGCCCCUGGUGCUGGGCGACAACGUCUUCGCCGACCUGGUGGGCAACUGGCUGGACCUGCCCGAGGUGGAGAAGAAGGGCCGCGAGAAGGGCCGGACGGAGGGCGGCGCCGGGAAGCGGCGGAAAGGCGACGUGUCGACGCCGCGGCCGCCGCCGCGGAGCCGCUCCCAGGAGCUGGGCCGGAAGUUCUCGCUGACCGCCGGCAUCUUCCGGAAGUUCCUCCGGAGCGUGCGGCCCGACAGGGACAAGCUGCUGAAGGAGAGGCCCGGCUGGAUGCCGCUGGACGACCCCGACGCCGAGCUCUUCAAGAGGCCCAAGAAAGCGGCCAAACCCAAGGCCUCCUUCUACCCGUUCCGCACCAGCGCCCAGCAGAGCAAGGGGCGCGCCACCGCCCGGCCCCAGGAGAGGAGGGGUCAGAGCUCGGCGAUUUACAUCGACCGGGUGCGCUCCAUCCAGGUCAUGGGGCAACUCCAGCCCAUGAUUUACGACUUCGAUACGGCCGUCUGGGUCUAAGUCGCCCCCCGGCAGAUUAUUUAAAGGAGAUUAAGAGAAGCACAUGUUUACACAGUGAACGACUGGAGGAACUGCAGACGGCCAGACUUGCCAUUUUUUCUAUACAGCAGGAAUAACAUGAGACUCUCCGGCUCCCACUGCAGUAGUGAAACCCGCUCCGUGUUGUGGAUGGUACCUUCCUUGCAUGAUUUUGACCUAACUCUAGACCCACUCUCUUGUUCAGCCUGACUACAGUAAGGUGGUGUUCUGUACAAAGGGUCUGCUAGAAGGGCGGUUCCACCAGCUGAUCCCUCUAUCCACAGAACGCACUGUAGGUUGCCUGUCCAUGGUGUGCUGUAUACCCUUGUGUUUUCAAAAAACGUUUUUCCUUGAUCUACCUAAGAUGCUCCAGACAGUCUCCCUGGUUCAGGCUGCUCCAGUCCAGCUCUACGGGAUCCUCUGCCCUCCUCCAAAGAGUGGACCCACAGUCUCAGGCACUUUUAGAGAUCUGACACACACACACACACCCACACCGACAGAACAGUGUUAAAACUGCAUCAUGUGACCCAAGCCAACCUUGAAUCAGUUCCCCCCCCCGACAGUUCCCCUGAGUCACACCGCCCUGAAACGUCAGGCGCCAUCUGUCCGUUUUCCUCGCGGUUACGUAAGAGCCAAUUCAGCGGAGAGCGUGCGAGAGAAGCAGCGUGGGCCUUAAUCUCCCAUAAGCCCUUGCUGCUGGCGGUUGUGUGCACAUAUGUAAGGCAGAACCAGAGUGUGGGGCGGAUAAACGACUCGUUCCCGAUCUUCUUGUCUCCCUGUGUGUGGCGGAACACAGCCGUGAACAUCCAACAGAGCCAGAGUUUUAUUUAACCGUAGAAACAGUGACCGUCGCUCUGCACUCUAUGGUACUUGGUCCUUCACAACAUGGAAGUCCAAUAUGGGGUUAGCCUGCAGCUUUGUGGCUAAGGUACGUGACUGGGACCUGGAAGGUUGGUGGUUCAAGCCCCGGUGUAGCCACGAUAAGAUCUGCACAGCCGUUGGGCCCUUGAGCAAGGCCUGCACUGCUCCAGGGGAGGAUUGUCCCCUGCUUAGUCUAAUCAACUGGAUAAAAGCAUCAGCUAUAUAACAAGUUAUCAUUGUUAUCGAAGACACGUCAUACAAGCGCACCUGCCUGUUUCACGCUACCAGUACUCAACAUACAGUACGAUGUAAGUGGAGGAGUAAGUCUACCGGCAACACAGGUUGAAGUUGAGGGCAAGGUUGUGAGCUGUCAAGAUAACCAAGUGUAAGAUAUUUAACCUGAAUUUUUUUUUUCCCACUGAAUUUUACUGCCUGCACCUGCAUACAUGGAAAAUAGGUCGUAUAUAACGAUGCAAGCUUUGCAAGUCGCACCGAAUUUACAGAGCAAACAAAUAAUAAGCCUGUCGCAUCAGAUAAAAAUGUUCUGGUAGCUCACAGCCCUAGUGUCUGCGGCUUCAGAGAGGCGGACCGGAGCGAGGAGGCCUGGCUGAGAUGGAUGAAGGACGUCCCGCCCCACAUCAGACGCGGCUGUCAGAAGCAGUGGCAGAGAAUCCGCCCGCUCGCUCGGCAGCCUCCAGGAUUAAAUCUCUCCCACAAAACCCGCGGAUGUGAGCCAGCUCCGCGGAGGAGUGGAGCUGAUCAAAGCGCCACCAGGAGCUUCAGACGUAGUCGAGUUUCGGCUCUGAAGUUUUUAUGUUUUUCGCGCUGGAAUGGGGCUCUGGAUCAGCGCCCGGCCAGACACCGACCGCAGCCAGAAUCCCGCCUAAAACCUGUCAGAGGAAGUUUUUUAAAAGAAACGUUUCUAUUUAUAGAACCUGCCCCCCCCUCCCCCCCUUUCCCUGCCUUCAAAAAAAUGAAUUGUUCCGUUGCUUCUGUCUGAGAUUCCCAUGGUCACAUUUCUGCGCUGAUAAAUUAUGACUAUGUGACAAAAUAAUUUGCAGUUGGUUCAUCAUGUGCCAGAGAUCUGUCUCAAUAAUUAACGUACAGUUAGUUAUGAGUGAGUAAGAGACUCACUUGGCAAGAAUUAAAAGUAUACGGACUAUGAUUUCUCAACAAAGAGAAUGGUGAAUUAUUCCACCAUGACCUUUGAAUUUCAUAAAUAGUAAUGCACGCAUAAUUAAUUCAUACAAAGAAUAAAGUAAUUAUUUUUUACUCAUGAGUACUUAUUAUAAAGAUGUGGUACAAAAAUUAAGAUGUCUUUGAUGAGUCAUCAUCAAAGCCCAAUAUUUCUGUACAAAUCUGAAACAUUUUCACAAGGCACUGGGAAGCCACUGCAUAUCAUAAAAAAAACCUCAUAUCAUAACCAGAUAGCACUGUGCAAGACAAAACCAGAAGUCCAUCAUGCCAAAUCACCAUUUACAAAAAGAUCUAUGUACAAAAGUUCUUACUGGCGAUGUUUUAAGCUAGUAAAUUCCCUGCGAGAGAAUACUUCAAAGGUCCAAUUUAUUUUGCUGAGCAAAAUGGCGCUGGCUUUGAUACUGUUGUUUAGAGUAUGACUGUUUGAGCCCCUGUAACAGGCAACAGAGAGGAACCUGUUUAUCCGUUGAGAAAAUGUGUGUGUGAUUGUUCGGUUUGAUAUUCCCUUUUCUGAAGAUCUAAAUGGUCAUUAUUUAAUAACCACCAGUGGACCCAAAGGCAUAUGGUCAUGAGAGGUAAAUGUGCAGUCACUGAAUAUUUUUAAUGUAUAUAAAAUAAGUAAUAUUGUUUUUGCUUUUUUCCUAAAAACAAAAUGUAAUGCCCUUCUUUCGUAAGAAAUGCACAGCUCAAAUGUCUAAUGUUUUUCUCCCUUUCGUACUCCUAAAAUAAACUGUUUUAAAGAUG